UCAAACUGCAGACUAAGAGCUGCGUGAUGGCCACGGCCGCGAUCAACUCCUUACUGAACUACAAAACAGAAAAAUACAUUGAUACAAAAAAUAAGGCAGUCGGAGUGUUGCACAGACUUUUUCAGUUAUCUGUCAUUGGUUACAUAAUAGGGUGGGUUUUCAUAGUCAAGCAAGGCUACCAGGAGAUAGAUGAUGCCAUCCAGAGUUCUGUCAUAACUAAAGUGAAGGGAACUGCGGUGACCAACACCAGUGAAUCUGGUCUGCAUGUGUGGGGACCUGAGGAGUAUGUCAUCCCCCCACAGGGUGAAGAUGUUCUGUUUGUUGUAACCAGCUUCUUAGAGACACCAAACCAGAAGAUGGGUUACUGUGCUGAGAGCCACAAAGUGCUUAAUGGCCACUGUAGUGUUGACGAGGACUGUAAAAAGGGAAAGAUGGUGGAGUCUGGUCAUGGAGUCAUGAGCGGCAAAUGCAUAAGAAACAAUGAAAACUCCAAUGGGACCUGUGAAAUCUUUGGCUGGUGUCCAACUGAAGAAAACGUCGAAUCACAAAAGCCUUUGCUCAAAAAUGCUGAAAACUUCACCAUCUACAUCAAGAAUUUCAUCCAGUUUCCUAAAUUCUCAUUUUCAAAGUCCAACAUCCUCAAAACAACUGAUCAAUCCUACUUGAAGAAAUGCAGAUAUGAUGAGAAGCAAUACCCCUACUGCCCCAUCUUUCGCCUGGGAGACAUUACGAGAAGAGCUGGAUGCAACUUCCAAGACAUGGCUACACUUGGUGGCGCUAUUGGCAUUGUGAUACAGUGGGACUGUGACCUUGACAAAGGCACCUCUCACUGUAAUCCAGAGUACCAGUUCACUCGCCUGGAUGCCACUGUCUCCAACAAGAGCAUCGCAACAGGAUUUAACUUCAGACAUGCAAGAUACUUUAAAAAUGCUACUGGUGAAAGCUAUCGAUCUCUAUACAAAGUUUAUGGCAUACGAUUUCAUAUCCUGAUAUAUGGGAAGGCUGGAAAGUUUGCCAUAGUCCCCUUGGUCGUCAAUAUUGGUUCAGGACUGGCUGUGAUGGGAGCUGGAACCUUCUUCUGCGACAUUGUCCUCCUUUAUUUAACUACGGGGAAGAAGUCUUACAAAGACCAGAAGUUUGAAGUCCUAAAUCAGGAAAAAGUGAAGAAAGGUGAAAACGUCCAGGAAACAUGCAGUAAUGGGCUGUCAGAGGGGUCUCUGAUCUGCAGAAACUGUGCCAUGAAAGAUAUGAAGAACAAAAUGGAAAAGGACAAUCAAAAUAGUGUAACAUAUCAACUAUUAAGUGUUCAAAGGUCAUGUCCUAACCUCAUUUCACAAGUUUAGCCAUAAAAUAUUUUAGCAUUAUUAUGAAGAACAUAAACCAAGUUUACUGAACUUACUGAACUUUUAUCUGUUUACUUUCAUGACUGUGACUUUUUUUUUCUUUUAACACUAUUCAGUUCAAUUUAGAGUUAUUUAUGUAACCCCACUUCACAAUAACAGUCACCUCACGGUGCUUUAUGCUACGUCCACACUAGCCCGGAUAAAUUUAAAAAUGGCAUUUUCGUCUGAAAAUGCUCCAUGUCCACACUAUCGUUUUCAGUUGUUUUCACAGAGUUGUGUGCCCUCAUUGAAACGGCCAAAAAUUCCAGUCCUGUGCAUACAUGAAACGCAGGACUCAUUUCUAUCUGCCAUUUAUUUACUUACUUUGGAUUAAUAGUCCAGCCUACAAAAAAUGUAAGCAUGAACUAUAUUUUCAGCAUCACUCCUAUAUAGGAAAGUUUCCAUUUAAGAGAUACUGUGUAGAUGAAAGAAAUCAGUGCUACAUUUUUAUUUAAAUUGACUAACGAUGUAUAAGCAUGUAUAAUGUAAAAAUUACUGAUACAAGCACAGACCCCUGUGGAACUCCAUGAAUGUGUGAUGAAUAGUAGAAUGUCCAAGCGUCAUGGAGGGCUUUUGUUUUAGUAGAGUAACAAACAAUUUGCAGUGAGCAUGUACCACUAUAACCAACCAGAUCAACCUCUGUGGGAGCAAAGUUUAGGUGGCUGCUUUGUAUUUUGUUCGCACAUCCCACUGAAGAGCAUAACAAAGGAGGAAGCACUUCUUUAAAUUUGAUUACAUCACUUCAGAAAGACAUCUAGUGUUUUCCAGUGCUGUGCUGUGUUCUUUAGAAAUACUGUUAAAUGUUCAUUGUAUGUUUUAGUUUAAGUACCCUGAAGCAGCCGUUGUUCUGUUUUGGUAUUAUAUAGGUUAAACUGAAUUUAUUUCAACUGAACUGAAUUGAAGUGAAUUGAACAAGAGCUUCAGAGAGCACAAAUCCCCACAAAAAGAAAGUGGUCAUACGAAAACUUUAGUAAUUUAUGUCGUUUCUGUUGCGUCACGCUGGUGCUGGGCUGGUUUUAUUAUAAAAUGCUACAUCAGCCUGCUUUUAUAACAACACACUGAUCCCUGAUCUUUGACCUUGAAACAAUAUAUACUAUAAUUUUUCUGGGUCAACUAUGACCUUGGGUACUAACAGUGAAGGUCAAGGUCAAAUGCUUAGCCAACCUAGCUACACAUGAAGUUUUAAGAAAAAUUGUUUGUAAUAUCUGAACUGAGCAAAAAAAGAAAAAGAAAGAGAAAGUCUGCA